ACGAUGAACGACUUUGACUAUUUGAAGUUACUGGGGAAGGGAACCUUUGGCAAAGUCAUUCUUGUCAAAGAGAAGGCCACGGGUCGCUAUUACGCCAUGAAAAUCCUUAGAAAAGAAGUAAUUAUUGCGAAAGAUGAAGUUGCCCACACUGUUACAGAGAGCCGAGUGUUACAGAAUACACGACAUCCUUUUUUAACAACAUUGAAAUACGCCUUUCAGACGAGCGACCGGUUAUGUUUUGUCAUGGAAUACGCCAACGGCGGGGAGCUCUUUUUCCACCUCUCCCGAGAGCGUGUUUUCACCGAGGAUCGCGCUCGAUUCUAUGGAGCGGAAAUCGUCUCGGCGCUGGACUAUCUCCACGACAAAAACGUUGUCUACAGAGACCUCAAGCUGGAAAACCUCAUGUUAGAUAAAGACGGACAUAUCAAGAUCACGGACUUCGGUCUGUGUAAAGAGGGGAUAACGGAUGGAGCCACCAUGAAGACCUUUUGUGGGACCCCCGAAUAUCUAGCCCCCGAGGUAUUGGAAGACAAUGACUACGGUCGGGCUGUGGACUGGUGGGGGCUGGGCGUGGUGAUGUACGAGAUGAUGUGCGGGCGCCUGCCCUUUUACAACCAGGAUCACGAGAAACUCUUUGAGCUAAUCCUCAUGGAAGAAAUCCGAUUCCCUCGCACUUUGUCGCCCGAAGCAAAAUCCCUUCUCUCGGGGCUGUUAAAGAAAGACCCAAAACAGAGGUUGGGUGGCAGCCCCGAAGACGCCAAGGAGGUGAUGCACCACAAAUUCUUCGUCUCGAUCAACUGGCAGGACGUGGUGGAGAGGAGGCUUACGCCACCAUUCAAACCCCAAGUCUCAUCCGAGACGGACACAAGGUAUUUUGAUGAUGAAUUCACCGCUGAAUCAAUAACAGUCACACCUCCGGAUAAGUUCGACAGCUUGGAUCCAAUGGACAGCGAUCAAAAGGCCCACUUCCCACAGUUCUCCUACUCUGCCAGCGUGCGGGAAUAGAUGCCUCAAACCCAGACCCCCAACUCCCCCCCC